AAAACAGAAAAACAAGCAGAUCCCAUGAUUUAGAAGUUACUAAUUUUGAGCCUCUGUGGUCUUGAAAAGUCAAAAAGGAUUUCUUUCCUUGAAAUUAAUAGUGAUGAAACCACCGUGAAAUAUCUCCUUCCAUUUCCCGAGACAAUAGCCACCAAUGGCAUCCCCCCCCCCCCCCCUUUUAGCUAGCAUUAGCAAUGCCCCCAUUACUAAAACUUUCUUUGGCUGCUCGAAAUCCCAUCCUCAUUUUUAUCUUCUUCCUCAAACUCUGCGGCAGCAGAUUCUUGUUUUUUGGGUUUCAUGUCAUUCUAAACCAAAUGGUCUUAUAACUACUAACCCAUCUUUUCCUUUUCUUCUUAAAACUUUCUCUUCACAAUCUGUACGAGAUUGGUGGGUUCUUCCUUGGGAUUUUCAGUUUGCAUUUUUUUUUAUUCUAUUCAAAUUUCCCAUUUAAUGGCCGCCGUGGCCGCUUGUAAACGGGUGGGUCAAAUCGGACCUAAUUCCUGGACGAUAGGGGGAGUUAGCAGAUUCAAAGGAGUGGUUUCCCCUCUUGAUGCCUCGACGUUUCCUCCCUCAGCCAUUCGAUUGUCACUUUCUCCUUGUCCCUUCUCACAAUGGAGACAGGUUUCUCAGCAGCUCGUAAAAUCAAAUGGAAAGAGAUUGUUUCUCAUCGACACAUUAGCUUUGGUUAGGAGAUUAGAGGCUGAAGGUCUGCCUUCGAAGCAAGCCGAGGCCAUAACAGCUGCCAUAACUGAAGUUUUGAAUGGCAGCUUGGAAAAUCUGUCUCUUUCCGUUGUUUCCAAGUCUGAGAUGCAGAAAAGUGAAAUGACUCAAGAAGCCAAUCUUUCCAAGCUAAAGUCAGAAGUUCAAGGUUCUCAGGAGCACCAUUUUUCUUUGUUGCAACAUGAGAACGAGAAGCUUCGACAUGAUAUAGAGAAGAUGCGCAGUGAAUUAAGACAUGAAAUUGACAAAGUCACUGCUGAACAUAGAUUGGAUUUGAAUCUUGAAAGAGGGAGAAUAAGGGAUGAGCUUACAAAUCAGAAUGCUGUAACAUCUAACCUCACUAACAAACUUGAUCGGGAAAUUCACGCAUUAGAGGCUCAAUUGGAAGGUGCAAAAUAUGACUUGAUAAAAUACUGCAUAGGUACACUUGUUUCCAUAACUGCUGUUGGUCUUGCUGUAGUUCGUAUACUGAUCUGAACCUGCAAUGUUAGCAUACUCAGUAUAACCUCAAAAGGGGAAGAAACCAUAGCUCUUUUUAUAUUUCAUUUAUUUAUUUUCUAAUUUUUUCUUUACAAUGGAAAACAGCUCAUUUCUUGUGAAGCUGUUCUUUUGUGCCAUUAGGAUUGGAAUGGGUGAGGGUUUGGGUAGAGACAGACAUCAAGUUUGAACCUUAACUCUCCUUUUGCAAAAGGAAGAAUACAUAUAUUGGGUGUUCUUUGUUCAAAUUUUUUUGAAAAGAAAUGAGAAGUCCAAUAUGAUUUUACUAGCUA